GGGCACCCAGAGUCAGCUGGGACACUGGGGGCCUGGAAGGAAGAGCUCGCUGAUGCCAGCUCCCCAUCGCUUUCCAGCCUGGUCGAGAGCCAACUCCGCUGUUUGCAAAAGAGCCGAUGAACCAGGCUUCGGCUCAGCCAGGCAGUCUCCAGCAGAGCCUCCCUGCUUGCAACGUCAGCUGCACCCUACCUGGUCUCUGCCACGGAGCACCCCCCGCACCCCGGGGCCCAUCACUGUGCCCAGUGGGGCCACCACCCGGGGCCAGACGGACCCUCCGACGGACAGGAUAGCCCUUCUCCCCAGGCCAGUGCCUCUCCCCCGCCUCUCCCCUCCUUGACGCACCCCUGCAUGACCCUUCCCAACCCUUGACUGACCCUCUCGCCUGCCCCCCUGCACCCCUGCCCCUGGAGCUGCAGCCAUGGAGCCCCCCGCGGGCCCAGAGGAGGCCCGGCUGCCCGCCUCGGACAUCCGCGCGUUUGCCAGCAGCUGCACCAUGCACGGCCUGGGCCACGUCUUUGGCCCGGGGGCCCCGCCGGCGCGCCGGGGGCUGUGGGCCGCCGCUGUGCUCCUGGCACUGGCCACCUUUCUAUACCAGGUGGCGGGGCGGGUGCGCUACUACGGGGAGUUCCACCACGAGACGGCCCUGGAGGAGCGCGAGAGCCGCCGGCUCACCUUCCCGGCCGUCACCCUGUGCAACGUCAACCCGCUGCGGCGCUCACGCCUCACGCCCAACGACCUGCACUGGGCCGGGCCCGCGCUGCUGGGCCUGGAGCCCGCCGAGCACGCCGCCUACCUGCGCGCCCUGGGCCGGCCCCCCGCACCGCCCGGCUUCAUGCCCAGCCCCACCUUCGAUGUGGCCCGGCUCUAUGCCCGGGCCGGGCACGCCCUCGAGGACAUGCUGCUGGACUGCCGCUACCGAGGCUGGCCUUGCGGGCCCGAGAACUUCACCACGAUCUUCACGCGGAUGGGGCAGUGCUACACCUUUAACUCCGGCGCUGACGGAGCCGAGCUGCUCAGCACCCCCAAGGGCGGCAUGGGCAACGGGCUGGAGGUUAUGCUGGACGUGCAGCAGGAGGAGUACCUGCCUGUGUGGAGGGACGUGGAGGAGACCCCAUUUGAGGUGGGGGUCCGAGUGCAGAUCCACACCCAGGAGGAGCCGCCACUCAUCGACCAGCUGGGCUUUGGGGCGGCCCCUGGCUACCAGACUUUCGUGUCCUGCCAGAAGCAGCAAGCAUCCUCCCUGCUGAGCUUCCUGCCGCCGCCCUGGGGCGACUGCAGCUCUGUCUCUCUGGACCCUGACUUUGAGCCAGAAGCGCCUGGCCCUCUGGGUACCCCCAGCCCUGGCCUCAGCCCUCCCUAUAGUCUAAUGGGGUGUCGUCUGGCCUGCGAGAGCCGCUAUGUGGCCCGGAAGUGCGGCUGCAGAAUGAUGCACAUGCCGGGCAGUGCCCCAGUGUGCAGCCCCCAGCAGUACAAGGACUGUGCCCACCCGGCGCUGGACGCCCUGCUGCGGAAGGACGCGUGCCGCUGCCCCAACCCGUGCGCCAGCACGCGCUACGCCAAGGAGCUCUCCAUGGUGCGGAUGCCCAGCCGCGCCGCUGCCCGCUACCUGGCCCGGAAACACAACCGCAGCGAGGCCUACAUCGCCCCCCCCUCCCUACCCGGGCUCAUGAAAGGACCCAGAGACCAGAGAACAGGGCACCCGUUCCUGCCAGCAGCCUGCACUAGGGGUGUCCAGAAAACACUCUCCUCCUCCAGGGAGAACGUGCUAGCGCUGGACAUCUUCUUCGAGGCCCUCAACUAUGAGGCGGUGGAGCAGAAGAAGGCCUAUGAAAUGUCCGAGUUGCUCGGUGACAUUGGGGGCCAGAUGGGACUGUUCAUCGGGGCCAGCCUGCUCACCAUCCUGGAGAUCCUGGACUACCUCUGUGAGGUGUUCUGGGACAGAGUCCUGGGCCGUCACUUCUGGAACCGAAAGCACCCCCAGAGGCCCUCCAGCGCCAAUCUGCUUCAGGAAGGGCCGGGCGGCCAUCAGACCCAAGUUCCCCACCUCGGCCCAGGCCCUAGGCCUUCCACUCCCCGCUCUGCCGUCGCCAAGACCCUCUCUGCCUCCCACCGCACCUGCUACCUUGUCACCCGCCUCUAGACUUGGGCAUGGGGGGCGGGGGCGGUCUGUGUCUUCAAGGCCGCACCCCGACACCCUGGACGUGACCAACCUGCCUGCGUCUUUGCCACCUUCGCCCCAAAUAAAGCUCUAGCCCAUCA